AUGAAAUUUGGCGUUGCCCUUGUUGCUCUUGCAGCAGCGUCCCAGCUUCGAUUAAUGCACAAUUCCUUCGAAAGACCGCAUUAUAUGCUGAUUGCGCCAGAGCUGCAUCCCAUUGACUUAAGCCAGUACAAGGACGACUUUGUAGUGAGAACGCCCUAUACUUCUGAGACGUUGGACUUUCUCAGACACAACAACUACCGGAUAUGGUCUCAAAAUGGGCUCAAGCGCACUUUGGAUGUUCAGAUGAACGCUUCUCUGCUUGCUCACUACGGCUCCCGGUUCGAUACUUCCAAAGCCGAGGUCAUCAUUCCAGACUUGGCGCAGGCAAUUUAUGAAACGUAUCCGGAAUCGAAGGAGGACUUCAAAAUUGAGAAUACAGAUUUUCAUACCAUGUCCGAGGUUUUCUUCAAAAAUUACAGGGACCUCGAGGAUAUACACCAGUGGUUGCACUUGCUUGAGGAGACAUACCCUGACAUGAUUAAAUUGGAGAAGAUCGGCGACACUUACGAGGGCCGUCCUUUCCGUUUGGUCCACCUUUCCGUCCAGGACAAGGAUGUAGAUCAUGGCGAGAAGAAGACAGUGGUGAUCACCGGUGGUGUCCAUGCAAGAGAGUGGAUCUCAGUGUCCACUGUGCUUUACAGUAUCUACGCCAUGGUGCGUCAUUGGGAAGAGAACCCACACGACUCUAAGACUUUGGCUAAACUCGACUUUCUUUUUAUUCCUGUGCUCAAUCCGGACGGCUACGUAUAUUCCUGGGAGACUGAAAGGUUAUGGAGGAAAAAUCGCCAGCCAGUUGUGGGAGGCGAUGACGGUAGUUGUAGAGGUGUCGAUAUUGACCACUCUUUUGAUUACCACUGGACACCUUCGUCGGAUUCGGCGUGUGGAGAAGAGUAUGCUGGUGAGACACCUUUCGAGGCGUACGAACUGCGUCUUUGGGACGAGUAUCUCAACAAAACCAAUGAGGCACAUAAGAUUUACGGCUACAUUGACUUGCACUCUUAUGACCAGGAAAUCUUGUACCCGUAUGUGUAUCUGUGCGAACAUCUGCCAAGAGACGAGGAGAACCUAAUUGAGCUUGCGUAUGGCAUAUCAAAAUCAAUUCGCUGGACUUCAGGCAAAUACUAUGCUGUAUCACCUGCUUGUCUUGACAAAGAUUCUGAUCUUCUUCCGGAUCUAGGCUCGGGAACUGCCCUAGACUACAUGUACCAUCACAGGGCAUACUGGGCGUAUCAGAUCAAGCUUCGCGACAGUGGCUCUCACGGGUUUUUGCUUCCGCCCAAGUAUAUCGAGGCGGUUGGUGAAGAGAUUGCUGCGGGCUUCAAAUACUUCUGCAAGUUUAUCCUUACUAGUGGGGAAGCCUUUGCUUAA